CAGAAGAAAGAGAGGGAGUGUGAGGGAGGGAGGGAGAGAGAGAGGGAGACAGAAGGAAUUGGAGAGAGGGGGAGAGAGAAGGGAUUGGAGUCUCAGUGGAGGAAGGGGGGAGUGAAAAGACGUGAUCUGCGCGGUCUUGGCGGCAGGCACGGCACAAGACGGAAACACGGAGAGGGAGAGAGAGAUUAAUCUCAGCGCUUCACGUCUGCGAACGGGCAGCCCAGACAAUAGAGACGGAGGAGAGAGAGUGCGGAGCGACAAACAGAGCUAUGUGAGGGAGUGGCUGAGAGAGAGAGGGAGAGAGCCAGGAUCGGACGAGACUGUCGCAUGCUCAAUAAUAUCAGGAGAAAAGAGGAUAGAACAGAGAGAGAGAGAGAGGGGGAGCGCUGACAGAGUGACAGGAGAGAAACUUGGAGCCCGGGCAGAACAGAGAUAAACAGGACGAACAAAAAGAAGAGGAGACCAGAGAGAGAGAACUGGGAGGGAGGAUGAAAGGGCUGUAGAUCCUAUCUGUGUUUUCGCUGUUGAGGUGGUGUGUGUGUGUGUGUGUAGGGGGGGUGGCAGAUUUGAUAUCUUCUAUGGAAGGACCGCUGAUUUUAAUACAGCCUUGCGGUCCAGCCGUGUGUGAUUGGUGAGAAAGAGUGCCUGCGCAGUGCCGUGCGUUAGUGUGGUGUGUGUUGCGCGCUGUGUGUGAACAGUGUGUCCAGCACCUGUGUUCCUGCUCUGUUCCUGGCCUUCCUGAGUCAGCACCCUGCUUCUGACUGCAGCUGUGCAGUCAACACAAAGGAAAAGAACACGGGAGAGGGACAGAGAGAGAGAGAGAGAGAGAGAGAGAGAGGGAGGGAGGGACAGAGAGAGAGAGGGAGUAAGCGAGAGAGGGACACUCAGUGUUAUUGGUGUGUCGAAUUUCCCCCUGGGAACUUACCUGUUCUGGACUAUUGUUUGUGGAUUUUUGAGUCUCAGGACCUGGUGGGAGUGAGUGAGUGAGUGAGUGUGUGUUUCUGACAGAGUCUACAGAGAGGUAGCAGGCUGUGCUAGAAUAGGCUGAGGAGGCUGCAGGAAUCGGGGCAGUGACUGUACGAGAUAAAGCGUAGUUUUUCUGUAGAUCCAGGAGCAGCCUGGCCGAGUGUGUCUUUGGCUCUUUGCUGGCGGGUUUCUCUCUGGUUGGAGCUCUUCCUCGGUGACGGUGGCUGUCUCGCCCCACGGCGCCCCGUCCGCUGGGUCUCCUCGCGGGGCCAGGAUGGCGGACGGCGGCCGGGAGCCUCAGCGGCUCUCCCCCUUCCGCAUGCUGAAGAUUCUGGAAACCUGCCGGCCCCCGGGCAACCGUAUUGGUAUCGUCCAUGAGAACGUGAAGAUGGGCUCAGACGGUGAGAGUGACCAGGCGUCCGGCACAUCUUCCGAUGAGGUCCAGAGCCCAGUCCGGGUCCGCAUGAGGAACAACAACCAUCGGCGCAUUUCCAACGAGGACAUCAACAAGCGCCUCUCCCUGCCGGCAGACAUCCGCUUGCCAGAAGGCUACCUGGAGAAGUUUGCCAUGAACAGCCCUCCCUUCGACAAGCCCAUGAGCCGGCGGCUUCGGCGAGCCUCCCUGUCUGAGAUUGGCUUCGGCAAGUUGGAGACAUACAUCAAGCUUGACAAGCUGGGCGAGGGAACGUACGCCACGGUGUUUAAAGGCCGCAGCAAACUCACAGACAACCUGGUGGCUCUGAAAGAGAUCCGUCUGGAGCACGAGGAGGGGGCUCCCUGCACUGCCAUCCGAGAGGUGUCUCUCCUGAAGGACCUGAAGCACGCCAACAUCGUGACUCUCCAUGACAUCAUCCACACAGACAAGUGCCUGACGCUUGUGUUUGAGUACCUGGAGAGGGACCUGAAGCAGUACAUGGAUGACUGCGGUAACAUCAUGAGUGUGCAUAAUGUGAAGCUCUUCCUGUUCCAGCUGUUGCGGGGGCUGGCUUACUGCCACAGGAGGAAGGUGCUGCACAGAGACCUCAAACCCCAGAACCUGCUGAUCAACGACAAGGGCGAGCUUAAACUGGCCGACUUCGGUCUGGCCCGGGCCAAGUCAGUCCCCACUAAGACCUACUCUAACGAAGUGGUGACACUGUGGUACCGUCCGCCUGAUGUACUGCUGGGGUCCACCGAGUACUCCACACCCAUCGACAUGUGGGGGGUUGGGUGCAUAUUCUAUGAGAUGGUGACAGGAAGACCUCUCUUCCCAGGAUCCACUGUAGAAGAUGAACUGCAUUUGAUAUUCCGUAUCCUAGGCACUCCCACGGAGGAGACCUGGCCAGGAGUCACCAGCAACGAGGAAUUCAAAACCUACAACUUCCCCCGUUACCAUGCCGAGCCCCUCGUCAAUCAUGCGCCAAGAAUAGACAGUGACGGGCAUGACUUAUUGUCAUUACUUCUCCAGUUUGAGGCGAAGAAGCGGAUCUCUGCUGAAGAGGCGCUCCGACACCCGUACUUCCGCAAUCUGGGGGAGCAGCUGCAGACCCUGCCCGACACUGCGUCCAUCUUCUCUGUGAAGGACAUCCAGCUUCAGCGAGACCCAGGGAAGAGAACGGCGGCGUACCCAGAAGCAGCGCCCCAUAAGCUGGGCUCUGCGCCCUCGGAGUAUUUCCAGAGAGAAGGUGCCAAAGCAGGGGCUCAGUCUCAGGGUCUCACCUCCCCCUCCACCGGCUGAGUGAUCCUCUCCCAUUCCGCCCAGGGGAAAGGCCGGAGGCAGAGUGUGCUAUUUUAGUCACCGAGGGGCGUGAGGCCGAUACGGACAUGCAGGACCAUGCUGUCCAGGGACAAAACGAAACGAAGGAUAAAAAAUAAUUACUAAAAAAAACAACAAAAGGCAAACUCCAGAUGGAAGAAAAGAAAAAGGAAACAAACACCCAUCCAUGAUGCUGCUGCUGCUCUGCAGUCUUUAGGAUUAUUUUCUGUUUUAAUUGAUUUCACUUUUUUUUUUUUUAAAUAGAACUCUUUAAUUAGUGUAAUUUGUGGCGGGGAGUCUUAUCUCCUAGUUUUGAAGUUGGGGGCAAUUCUCAUUUUUAGAAUUGUUUUUGGAUUAUGUACAUAAGAGACAGUGCUGCAGAGAGCUUUUUCAUUUCACAUAGCUUCAUACCCAACUGCCCCACUUGCUGUCUCCUGCAUUACUGCCCUUCUGCAAUGGGAUUGGUGGGCUGGCGGCGGAGGGAGCGGAUUGGUGGAGGGCGAGAGGCCCUGGGAAACUGCACCUGCUGUGAGUGAGCACUAAAGGAUAAGGUGUCUGAGUUGGGAAGUCCAUUAACUGCUGCGGACGGUAGGUUGUAUGUGCAAUAACUCCUGAUAACUAGGCCAUUUAUUCGCUGGAGCAGAAUAUUGAAGCAGUAAUGAUGGUAUUACCCGGCCCCUCUGGAUCCCAGUCUCCCCCACCCCUCCUCUACUCUGACUGCGAGGCUUCACGUCACCGUAGCGACUCGCUGAGGAACGGAGGGAGGAUCGGCAUUUAAAACCCCCGCAUGCUCCUGUACGCCUUGGGAACUCUGUCUCUCUCACUGGGGUCCAACACUACAUUCCCCGUUCUUUCCUUUACCUUUACGGAGGUGCACUUUCAUUUAGUGCUCAACGGUAUCAAAGUACCGUACUGAACAGUACAGAACAACUAACUCCUGCCUGCAGGACCAAAAUGGAUAACAAAUCAUACAUUACAGGGUAGAAUAGGACCUUGCUCUUCUCUAUAGAAUCACGGUCUGUAAGGGUGCAGUAGGCUAAUGCAUGACCAUACAAAUGCGUACACUACAUGACAGAAUAAGGAAGGGCACUACUGUACAGAAGACUACACUACUUUACAGAAUAGGGAAUAAUACAGUUACACAGUGAACUGCCUUGUUCUGGGAAAGGGCACAAGUGUAUAGGAGUGUACACUACAGGGCAGUGCUGUGUUCACUGCUGUGUUUAAGGUUAACCCCGUGACUGAUCACUCACCUGAUAAUUUGACCUGUUAUUAGCACCAGAAGACUUCAGGUUUAAUGUGUAGCAUUAAUGUAUUACAGAGAUCAGAACUCACAUCUCCUAAUCUGUUUUGCACCAGGCAGUUUGCUACUUUGAUUACUUUACACACGUAAUGCGGAUACACGCACGUCAAAUACAAUGACAUUAUCACCUACUUAUUCUCUCAAACAAGAGAUCCUCGAUCUCAAGAGACUUACCUGGUAAAACUAGUUUAUUUUUUAUUUUUUGCUUUAUUUAAACCCUUGAUACUGUGGAAUGAUGGAAAUGUUUCCAAGAGUGCUUCCUGAUGUGAUUUUAUUAGUCUUCUUAUUAAAUAAUAAUGGGUAGGAAGAGAUGGAAGGUGUUCGCAGUCUUUUUGCUCAGGAGUUUCGAUUGAAUUAUUGAUUUUGAAAUGUGCUCUGAGGUCCCCUUUUUCACUCUAAAAAUGUCCAUUGAAGUGAAUGGACUUUCUCUUACACACGAUUCAUCUUUCUCUGAAUUGACCAUCAGUUCUUCUCCAUUGAUAGGGUACUAAAAUUGUGUUCAGGGUAGACAGUGCUGAUACUUGUUAUUUGUUAUUUUGGAUAAAUUCUUUAUUUUCCUUCUUAAGCAUAUCUUGUAUGUGAAGUGAUUGUCAAUUUUUGGCCUGCUUGAUGUUUCCUGAGCCCUGACUGAAAGAGGAAAUGUCUGGAAAACUGUAAUAAAUCGACUGGGGAGUUUGGGUUGCUGUUAAUAACAACAGCAUUUGCCUUGGAAUAUAAAAAAAUGAUGACCUUUGCAACAGUGACUAUGUUUCCAUUAGAAUAUCUAAGCAAAACUGGCCAAAAGCAAUAGCCCAACCAAAAUAAGUAAUCUUCCAAAUGUGUUCAUAUACAGUACAGUAUAUAUUGCUGCCAUUGAGCAGUGUUUUUUUAAUGUUAUCAUUUAACAUUUUGAUGAUUUGAUUUUUACUUUGUUCCCUGUUUGUUUCGACCCCUUGGUGGCUGUUUUUCAUGUAGUAUCAAUAAUUGAUUUCAGCACCUUAGUGGAAACAUAGUCAAUGUGACCUCUGGACCAAUACACUGUAAGAUGAACAGGAACUGAUCCUCGAGACUGAUAUGCAAUGUGCUUUGAUUUUUGCAUAUGUAAUUUGUACAUAUAUAAUACUUCAUUCUGUAUGUUAGAUGUUUAAUGUAACAUACAGUCUGCCCUUUAAAGGUUUACUUUUACAUGGAUGCUCAUGUUGCUUCUAUUGCUGUUUAUUCUUUAUUUUUACUACUUUUAAGUAGUUAGGGCAAAGAUUCUUGAAAUUCAAAGAUUUUAGGACAGUGCUACUGCUUGUCAUAACUUGCAUUAGUUUUUAAGAUAAACAAUACGUGCUAGGUACCUUUUGUUUUGACAAAAAGUAACACUGCCUUUACAUUUGUAACUUUUCAGAUCCUUGCCUUUGGCUUUUUGAUCUACUUAGGACCCUUAAUAUCUCACUUUUUUUUCUUCGCAUUCCAGCCUCUCUGUCUUGUUUUGUUCAGUGGCAAGAGGAUUAUGAGAAAUGUUGUCUGUUCUGACAGACCGAUAGACCAAACCAGUACUAUUCAGGAAAUGUCAAGGUGAUGGAAACAGUAAUAAAUGCUUGAACAAUACACAUUACUAAUUAUGAUCAAUAAUACUUCUAACUGAAGCCAUAGUGCAAUGCAUAGAUUGUUUUAUGCCUUUGUGUGCAUGGUGUUGACAUGGACCCUCUGCUGGAGUUACUGUACCCACCAGACCCCCUGACCUUGUGUUCUGUGUAAAAUUGGAGAAAACAAUGUCUGACUGGCAUACGUGACAGAGAAUAGUGUCCGGCAGUGACACAGAAGAGCCGCAUGUGUAUGCCUGCGUGUUUGGGAUUGUGCGUGUUGUGGGGGAAGUGUAAAGUUAUAUUUUAAAAUGACCUCAGGAUUAAGAAUACUUACUUGCCCCUUACUUGGUAUUCCCAGAGUGAAACCAUGCUGACACUGCCAUUGUGAUCAGCUGUUCAGUUUGCUAACAAGUCGCUAAUAGAGAACACUGGUAUUUGUUUGCAAAUACACUCACUGAGCACUUUAUUAGGAACAUCUGGACACCUCUGUAUUCAUGCAAUUAUCUAAUCAGCCAAUCGUGUGGCAGCAGUGCAAUGCAUGAAAUCAUGCAGAUGCGGGUCAGGAGCUUCAGUUAAUGUUCACAUCAACCAUCAGAAUGGGGAAAAAUGUGAUCCAAGUGACUUUGACCGUGGAAUGAUGGUGCCAGAUAGGGUGGCUUCAGUAUCUCAGAAACUGCUAAUCUCCUGGGAUUUUCACGCAACUCUAGAGUUUACAGAGAAUGCCGUGAACAACAAAAAACAUCCAAUGAGCAGCAGUUCUGUGGGCAGAAAUGCCUUAAUGAGAAAGCUGACAGGAAGGUGACAGUAAAGCAAAUAACCACAGAUUACAACAGUAGUAUGCAGAACAGCAUUUCUGAACACACAAGGCAUCAAACCUCUAAGUGGAUAGACUACAGGAGCAAAGACUUAAUGCAUCUAAAAAAAAAUAGAAAAUAAAAAGUUAUAAAUACCUAAUAAAGUGCUUAUGUGUAUGUGUAUAUAUCUGAGAUUGGUUUAAUUUGUAUUUAGUUAAAUGUUCUGAAAGGGCAGAAUGACUUUCACAAUAUGUGUAGUAAAUGAGAAUUAACAAAAAUGAUGGGAAAAUAAUCACUGCCUGUAAUUCAUUCUUUGUUUUUGUGGACCCAAAGUACUCAAAGGUUGUUUCAGAAGUAAUAUUGGCUGAGUUGUUGCCUGUAAUUCAAAACUACAACUGUAUCAUUUAAAAUUGAUAGGUUUUAAAUAACCAUUUGAAAUUGCACAAGAGACUAGAAAACAUCACAAUGUGUGUGGCUACACACUUGCAGAUGUUAGAUUUAAGUUUGCACUGGGAAAAUACCAUCUUUGUCAUCUUGAGUCGUACAAAUAAUAAUUUGUAUUUCUUUUUUCUCUUGGAGUACUUAGAAUCAUGUCUUCCUUUGGCACUGCCUGCCUGUGCAACUCUGGACCACAGCACAGCGGGUGGCGACAAAAUGGUUUUGCACAAAAUGGCAGACUCCUUUGUGGCACAAAGGCUCUCAUCAGUUUAAAAAAACAGCCAUACUGAUGCCUCAUAGGGGAGUGAAUGGUGCAUGUUUCGCUGAAGUUAUACUCGCCACUCGUUCAUAAGGAAGGCGUCUAGGCAUUUAAAAAAAAAAUGUCAGCUUGAUUGGGAGAAUGGUACGGCAGAAUAAGGUGGUAGUUCUGGGAUUCAUAAUUAGUGGUUUGAUAGUGGCUUGUCCCUUUGCUCUCAGCCUACAAGACAGCUAGGCUUAUUAUUCAGUUGUAAUGCCAACGAGUCUGGUGAGAUCCUACACAGCCAAAUUAAUCUUGCACAAUUAUGGCACACAAAAUGCACCCCAGGUACACAAAUAAGUGGAUUAUAAAACUAUGGUUGUUCUGCAGGUUUUACCCUCUCCACAGUUUAUUUUUACACCUGAAAGGAUUUUUUUUUUCUUUCUUUUUUUUGCUGUAUACCCAAAUAUUGUGGUGUGCUUAUCUUUACAGGGAGGAAAAGAAAAUACAUACCACACUGCUCACAUGCUUCAGGUUUUUGUCCCCAAGAGCUGGGGAGUUUCCCUUCAGUCACAUCAUUCUACCCUUAGUUGGCUGAAAUAAAAAAAUCAAACUCAGCAUUAUUUUCAAUUUACUCUUCCUGUCUUCUUUCAUUAUUUUGGCUGUUGUGCAUAUUGCUGUGUUUAUGCUACCGAGAAGACUGGAUACCAGUGAACAAUGAUGCCUCCUAGUGUCAGGGAAGACAAAUUGCACCCUCUCCCUAUCUACUGCUGUCCCACCACCUGUCAUUUGUACAUUACUGCUUCUAAUAAAGAUGUUGAGAAUUAA